AUGGACCACCUUUUGGAGGUAUUGCGGGUCUCCGUCGACAAUGCCCAGCGCAAGGCGGCCACCGUCCGGCUUCAACACCUCCAAAGUCAGGAUCCGUCGCUCUUUCUGGAUCACACUUGGGCGGGCAUCUCCUCCCCGGCGGUUUCCUUGGAGGAGCGGUUUUUCCUCUGCUCCGUUGUGGCGGCCUUCGUGGAGGGGUCGUGGCACCACGGCGUCCCGGCCGCCCUCCAGGCCGCCGUCCUCCACCGCUACAGCGACUUCGUCGUCCACACGAGGCUGCCUUCGUUGGGAUUCGCACGGAAGUUGGCAGGUAUCACCGCGUUGAUGGCCAAACGAGGGGCGGGCAGGGCGCAACCCCGUGGGCUGCCGCCGCUGCUCGACUCCCUCGCUUCCACCUACGCGAAUGCCCUAACGGAUGCGUGUGGGGGGGAAAUCGCAGUGGAUGGGGGGGGGGGGGGGCAAGCCGUUUCGCUCUUCUUCCACAGCGGCUGCUGA